AUGGAUGCCAUAAGCUUGGACAAACACCAGGUGAGCGGCAGGGUGCAAGCGCUUGAAGACACACUGUACACUCAAAUGCGCUUCCUGCAAGAGUCAGUGGAAGCCCACAAUGCUUACCUUUCAGUGAUCCAGAGAUCCAUCGAUGAUUUCGUCAACAGAGGCCAACAGAACAACUUGAGAAUCCGCAGCCUCCCUGAAUCUGACCAAGAAAAUCUUCAUCUCGUCCUCCAAGAACUCUUCAACUUGGUAUGGGGCAAACCGAUUGACACCCCUAUUCUUUUUGACGGAGCGUACAGAGCACUGCAACCGAGGGGCCCAAAGGAUGAAAGGCCCAGGAAUAUAAUAUGCCGACUACAUUAUUUCACAUGCAAGGAAGAGAUUUUGGAAGCCCUCAAACAUUCAUCUCAGCCUCUUUUACAGCACUCCACACCAGUCAGCAUAUACCCUGGCUCACCCUGCAGGUGCGACGAAUCCUGCAACCAGUCACAGAUCAACUACGUGCUCGAAACCUGA